GGGCCGGGGCCGAGUCGGGGCCUCCCCUUCGGGUGGGCAUCGCUGUCGUCUUGUCGUUACCGGUGUACCAAUUAAUUAUGUUUCACGUGCCCACGGCAGCAUCUGAGGCUUUAGCUUCACCUUUUAUACAGUAUAUCUACAACAGCUUCCUCUUGAGCUGCUGAACUGAGGGAAAAACACGUCGUCUCGGCGGGCAGCUCCACAGCCUCAGAGCUCCCUCAUGUAACAGCACUCCCACCGCCAUCGCCUGGCAGCCAGCUGUGGGCUCCGCUGCAGUGCUGCUGCACCUCUUACGUGCAAUAUGGUGUCUUAAAGAUAGAACUGGAGCUUAAAACUUCAACCUGGUAGGGACUGUCUUUGCUUAUCAUCUGCUGCCAUGAUGAAGGUGCCCAGAUUAUCGAUUUGAUGAUGCUUGUCAUCGACGUGACAAAGGGGAUGCAGACGCAGUCAGCGGAGUGCUUGGUGAUCGGGCAGAUUGCCUGCCAGAAGAUGGUGGUAGUUCUGAACAAAAUAGAUCUCCUUCCAGAGGCGAAGAGACAAAGUGCCAUUGAGAAGAUGACUAAGAAAAUGCAGAAGACCUUGGAAAAUACAAAGUUCUGUGGGUGUCCUAUUGUUGCUGUUGCAGCAAAGCCUGGUGGACCGGAAGCUCCAGAGUCUGAAAAUCCACUUGGUGUUUCUGAAUUAAUUGAGGUCCUGAAGUCUCAGGCUUACCUGCCAUCGAGAGACCCCUCGGGACACUUCCUUAUGGCAGUCGACCAUUGCUUCUCUAUCAAGGGUCAAGGCACGGUGAUGACAGGGACUAUUCUUUCUGGCUCUGUUAGCCUUGGUGACAAUGUGGAGAUUCCUGCCCUGAAGGUGACAAAGAAAGUCAAGUCUAUGCAGAUGUUCCAUACUCCUGUAACAUAUGCCAUGCAGGGUGACAGAGUAGGUAUCUGUGUGACCCAGUUUGAUCCUAAACUUCUGGAACGAGGCCUGAUUUGUACCCCAGAAUCACUUCACACCAUCCAUGCUGCAAUAAUUUCCCUGAAGAAAAUCCAGUAUUUUCGAGGAGCGCUUCAGACAAAGGCUAAGUUUCAUAUCACAGUCGGUCAUGAAACGGUCAUGGGAAGAGUGAUGUUUUUCAGUCCGGCUCCUGCUGAUUUCAAUGAAGAAAUUCAAGAAAAUGUUUUUGAUUUUGAUAAAGACUAUCUUUAUCAAGAGGAGUACUUGUCCAAGGACUCAAAGCCUUCAGAGGAGAAUAAAGAAAAUGGCCAAUCAGAAGUCCAGCUGCCAAAACAACAGUGGGCUUUGCUAGAGUUUGAAAAACCCGUCACUUGCCCUAAGCUGUGCCUUGUGAUUGGUUCCAAGCUGGAUACAGAUAUUCAUGCGAAUACCUGCAGGUUAGCGUUCCACGGGGUGCUGCUCCAAGGCAUGGAAGACAAGAACUACGCAGAGACUUUCCUUCCAAAGCUGAAAGUGUACAAACAAAAGCACAAAGAAGGACAAGUGGAGAGGGUGAUGGAUGAUUACAGCGUGAUUGGUCGUUCACUGUUUAAGAAGGAAACAAACAUCCAGAUUUUUGUGGGUCUGAAAGUCAAGCUGUCUACAGGAGAAGAAGGAAUAAUAGAUGGAGGUUUUGGACAAAGUGGUAAAUUUAAAAUCCGAAUUCCAGGUGGGCUGAAGCCAGAAACCAAGAUGCUUCUCAGCGCUGCGUCCAAGAAAAAAUCGAAGGCAGGGAAGGGGGACGCGAACAAAGAGGAUGAAAGCAGCAAGAAUGAUUCAGCCCAACCUGUUACCAUCACUCUUCUUUUUAAAAGAUACGUCUUUGACACACAGAAGAAAAUGAUUCAAUCCUGAGAAAGCAAAGAGGCCUCUGAGCCCACCAGAAAGACCAGACUCUGGAAUGAACUCAGAUGGGGAAUGCGUUCCGUGCCUCGGUGCAUUAGACCUGUUCCUUCCUUGCAGAGCUUGGAAGCUCCUGCUGACUCUGUGUCCACUUCUGAAAUCCCCGCGAUCUGGUUUUAUUCUGUUAAGAUCUGCUUAUCUUGUCUUGGUGAUGUGAAUCUUUAUGGCCUCUUGAAGAAUGGCACCUGCCAAAUGGCAGCGUUGGGCUGUGCAUUCUAACAGCAGUGCUUUUCUGCUGAGUUGUUUCAAGGUUUUACAUAAUCUGAAAGUUUGCCACCAAUAUUGAUCUAAAUGCAGUCAAGAUGUAAAUUUCAUGCGACUUACAAAGUGAAGCUGAUUUGCCUGGGUUUGCUUCCCCAAGUGAAGUGAAGGACUAAAAACGUGUGUUAUAAUAGGUGGAACCUAGAGUGGAUGUUUCAGAUUCCUUCAGCUGCAACUAUGUAAGAUGUUAUCUGAGAGUUGGUAUGGAUCUUUGUUAUAAAUGAUUUCUAUCUAGGAAUGUUUUUCAUAUUAAACAUGAUGCGUAUAACUGAGA